UUUUGCUCAAAAUAAAACUCACUUUUGGAUUACAUGUUUGUUAUUACGUUUUUUGGUACUUUUUUUCAUAUGAUUUUAGAACAUAGCUGAAGGAUCAAAUUAUAGAUAUGAUUUUGCCACAGCCUAACACCAACAACAGCCCCCACGACUGAAAAUUGGGAACAAAUAAUGAAAAUACUAAAAACAAUAAUGAAUCAAUAUUAGCCAUUAUUUUGAGCUGGGGCCAUUAAUUUUCGCACACAGUAUAUUUGCCCGGGCUUACAAAUUGCAAACAUGUUUCGUUUAUAUAUUUGGUGGUGAUGCGGUACUAGUGGUUGUUGUAGUUGUCGUUGGCGAUAGAGAAUUAAAGAUCGCAUGUGAUUGGUUUUCUAAUCUCUGACUAACUGUGCUUUAUUUCAAUUCUUAUGCAAUUUUACAUUCUUACAUUGUUACAUUCGUUAAGUUUUAGGAGAAAAUACAUACAAUGGGAAACUUAAGAAUUAAAAUACGAAUAAAUAAUUAUUAUUUUAGUGACGCUUGACUAUGGCAGGUGAUUUAUUCUUUAAUUGCUUAUUAUUUACGUGUUCCAAAAUGGGUCGCAAGCGAAACCUAACUUUGCGCAAUUUUUUUACAUACCAUGUGGAAACAAAUGUUUCGCAAUGUAAUAUUUGCAAAUUAAAUUUCUCAGGAAAUUAUGUGUGAAAUUUGAGGCGGCAUUUGGAAGCAAACCAUAAAAAUGAAUACGAAGCUGAAGUGAAUGCUAGUAACGACGGCUACGUUGUCGAUAAACAAGUAAAGUUUUCAGUGAAGAUGGGGAAAGAUGAAGCCAAAAAUGCGUGCAUCGAUUUGGUGACGGUGGAAAAAUUUCCUCUAGCCGUCCUUGAUUCGAAAGGCUUCCAGACGUUAACUUCUCAAAUUUUUAGAGGCUUAGAUAUACCGGCUAUAACAUCGAGGAACAUAAUGGGCUUAGUCGACGAAAAACUCAACUGCAACUCAAGUGAAAUAAAGGCUACUCUAGAAAACAGAAUUAUUUCCUUAAAAAUGGAUACUGCCACCAGGUUAAAUCGUGGAAUUCUCGGCGUUAAUGUGCAAUACAUGAACUGUGAUAAAAUCUGUAUUAAAACUUUAGGACUGAUUGAGCUAAAGGUUUCACACACAUCGCAAAAUAUUUGCAGUGAAAUUAAAACACUUUUAAAUGAGUUCAAUUUACACAAAGAACAAAUAUACACCAUCACCACGGAUAACGGCAAAAACAUGGUAAAGGCAGUCGAUAUUAUGAAUAGAUGCGAAGUUUCUGAUUUGAACGACGCCGAUAAUGUACUCGAAGAAAGCCUAUAUAAUGAAGAAGUUACAACAAAUUUGAGAAUUCAUUCGAUUAGCUCCAUCAAAUGUGCUGCCCACACCCUUCAGCUUGCGGUUAAAGAUUUUAUGUUAAGCUUGGAAUCCGUUGAAGUUAUUGAGAAAGCGAGGAAAAUCGUUAAGCUUUUACGAACACCAUCAUUUAGGUAUUUGAUAGCAGAGAAAUCAUUACCACAGCCCAUACUCGAUGUUGCCACACGAUGGUGCUCAACAUAUCAGAUGUUGAAAAAACUCCAGACUUUUCGAAGUUUUUGUGAGAAGCAUCUCAAACCGUCGUUAAAGGAUAGGGAAGAAAGUUUUUUUGCAAAUAAUGCUGUUCUGUGUAGCAUUUACUUGGAUCCUCGUAUUCGGAGAGUGCUGUUGCAAAAGCCACUGAGCAUUAUGUUGGCCAGAGCACAGCUUAAGGGACUGUUAGCUCAAAUUCUCAAUCUAAAAAAAAGUAUGAAUCCAAUACCUAGGACUUCUCCAAAUAGCCCGACUGUAUCAGGAUCAUUGGAACAAGGAAAUGAAUUAUUGUCUCAAAAUUCGACCACCUGCUCGCUUUUAAAAGAGUUUUUAAAUAAUAUUGAAGUGGCUUCUGAUGACGAGGCCGAAGAUGAUGCACAUAUUGAGCAACUCAAAAAAGGAUAUUCCGAAAUUGACAAUUAUUGCCCAAAGCCCGUGAGUUUAAAUAGGAAUAUAAUGGAAUAUUGGAAAGAAAAACAAUUUCAAUAUCCUCAUCUGUACCAAUUAGCCAAUGUUGUGCACUCUGUACCACAAAAAAUGUUAUAUGGUGUUAGCUGUGCCAAAAUCAUAUCUUAA